AUGAAAUUGGACGUCGUAAAACAAUUUUCUACUCGUUCCGAUAGAGUGAAAGGAAUAGAUUUCCAUCCUUCAGAGCCAUGGAUUUUGACUACCUUAUAUAAUGGUAAAAUUGAAAUUUGGUCAUAUGCAACACAUUCAUUAGUCAAGUCUAUUCAAGUGACUGAACUUCCUGUUCGUACUGGUAAGUUCGUGGCACGUAAGAAUUGGAUUAUUGUUGGAUCUGAUGAUUUUCAAAUCAGGGUAUACAAUUAUAAUACUGGUGAAAAAGUGACACAAUUCGAGGCACACCCAGACUACAUCAGAAGUAUCUCUGUCCAUCCAUCGAAGCCAUAUGUUUUGACAUCUUCUGAUGAUUUAACUAUCAAGUUAUGGAAUUGGGAGAAUUCAUGGAAAUUGGAACAAAUUUUCGAAGGCCACCAACAUUAUGUUAUGAGUGUUAACUUUAACCCUAAAGAUCCUAAUACAUUUGCGUCUGCAUGUUUAGAUAGAACUGUUAAAAUUUGGUCUUUAGGCUCAUCUCAACCAAACUUCACCUUAAUGGCCCAUGAAUCAAAGGGUGUAAAUUACGUCGAUUACUACCCACAAGCCGAUAAGCCAUACUUAAUAACCACUUCUGAUGAUAAAACGAUUAAGAUUUGGGAUUAUCAAACCAAGUCAUGUGUUGCUACUUUAGAAGGACAUUUAUCUAACGUUUCGUUUGCUAUUUUCCACCCUGAAUUACCUUUAAUUGUUUCAGGUUCAGAAGAUGGUACUGUUAAGUUUUGGAACUCGAAUACUUUUAAGUUAGAGAAGUCUAUUAACUAUGGCUUAGAAAGAGUAUGGUGUAUUGGUAUCUUACCUAAAUCCAAUGUCAUAGCUGUAGGAUGUGAUUCGGGUUACGUUAUUAUUAAGUUGGGUAAUGAAGAGCCUUUGUAUUCUAUGGACUCUAACAACAAAUUGAUAUACGCUAAGAACUCAGAAAUCUAUCAAUCGAUUAUCAAGCCAAAUUCAACAGAAGGCUUAAAAGAUGGAGAAUCGUUGCCAUUACAGCAAAGAGAAUUGGGAUCUAUUGAAAUUUAUCCUCAAUCUUUAACUCAUUCACCAAAUGGGAGGUAUGCUACCGUUUGCGGUGAUGGUGAAUAUAUCAUCUACACAGCGUUAGCAUGGAGAUCUAAAACUUAUGGUAAAGCUUUAGACUUUUGCUGGAAUUCUCAUGACUUAUCAAAUGCUUGUACAUUUGCUAUCAGAGAAUCUCAGUUAAGCGUUAAAAUUUUUAAGAACUUUGAAGAACACUUACAAAUUGAUUUGAUCUAUCAAGCUGACAAAAUAUUUGCCGGAGCUUUAUUAGGAAUUAAGCUGGAAGGCUGUAUUUCUUUCUAUGACUGGGAACAUGGUAAGUUAGUUAGAAGGGUUGACUUGGAUGACGAUAUCCAAGAAGUUGUUUGGUCAGAUAAUGGUGAACUUUUUGCGAUUGUUACUUCAUCUAAUGUUGGAGAAAAUAAGGCCGCUAUUGGUUCUAAGACUGGUGAUGAAACAUACUUCUUAAGUUAUGAUCAUGCACUCUUUGAAGAGGCUUUAAGUAACGACGAGCUUGAUCCAGAAGAAGGAGCAGAAGCUGCGUUCAAUGUUUUAUACACCUUACCAACUUCUGAAUCCAUUUUAUCAGGUAAGUUUAUCGGUGACGUUUUUGUAUAUACUACAGCCACAAGUAAUAGAUUGAAUUAUUUCGUGGGUGGUGAAGUUAUUAACUUAGGUCAUUUUGAUCAUAAAUAUUAUAUUGUUGGAUACAGAGCAAAUCAAGAAGGAAAAUUAUACUUAAUUGAUAAAUCAUUCAACGUUGUUUCUUGGUUUGUCAACUCUGAUGUCUUAGAACUUCAAACCUUGGUAAUGCGUGGAGACUUAGAACAAUUUGCAACAAAACAUGUUUUAGACGAAGAAUCAGGAGAAAAUGUACCAGACUUGUCUAGUAUUACUAAAGAAAACUUAUCAGAAGAAUAUUCUAAUAUUUUAUCUGGCUUCAGCAAGACCGAAUUAAAUCAAUUGUCUAGAUUCUUCGAAAAAUUAGGGUACUUAGCAUUGUCAUAUUCCUUAUCACAAGAUUUUGAUUCCAAAUUCCAAAUAUCGCUUUCCACAAACAAUUUACUGCAAGCUUAUGAUUUAUUAUCAACUUACCAGAAAGAAAACCCAUCAACAAGCUUGGCCAAUGCAUCCAAAUGGAAGAAGUUAGGUGACUUAGCAUUAUCUAAAUGGCAAAUAAAGUUAGCUCAAGACUGUUUCUGGCUAGCUAAAGAUCAUGCUUCCUUGUUAUUAUUAUUGUCUUCGUCUAAUAAUCAAAAAGAAUUAGUUAAAUUAGCAGAAGAAUGUGAAACCAUGGGUAAAUACAACAUAGCUUUGCAAACUUGGUGGAUAACUGGAAAUAAGGAAAAGUGUUUAGAAUUAUUAAUAAAGAGUGAAAGAUUAACAGAGGCUACAUUCUUCGGAGUGAAUUAUUCUGCAGACAAAUCAAAAGUCAACGAAUCAAUUAAAUUGUGGAAGGAAAAGUUAGAAUCUAAGAAUAAGACAAAAAUAAGUGAAAGAUUAAUUGAUAAUUUUGAAGGAUUAAGCGUUUCUGACACAACAGCGCCUGCGCCUGCCCAUGAAGCAAUUGACAGUUUAAUUGAUCUCGAAGAUGCUAGUGUUAAGAAUGAAGAAGUCGAUGUGGAUGUAGACGUUUCAGAGAAAGAAAUUGAUGAAGCAGAAGAAGAAGAAGAAGAAGAAGAAGAAGAAGAAGAAGAAGAAGAAGAGGCUACCACAGCUGAUGUGGAAACAAAGACUGAAGAAGCUGAAACUGCUGAUGCUUAA